AUGAAGGCAGUUAAAGGUGUGGGUAAAAAGGUAGUUAUUCAAUUAGCUCUUCCUUUGCCAAGGUUAGAAGUUGGACAGGCUCUUUUAAAGACAAUAGCAGUGAGUGGCAAUCCAGUUGAUUGGAAAAACGCUGAGUUUCAGUGGAGUGCAGAUCACGCAAUACUGGACAAUGGUGUUGUUGGCGAAAUUACCAAAUUGGGUCCAAAUAUGAACAGUUCAGAUUUUCAUAGCGGAGAUGUUAUAUCUUCUUACGUGCAGGGUGGCUCUCUUCGAAGCCCAGAAAAUGGUGCUUUCGAAGAAUACGUUGCUGUCGAUACGAAACUGUCAAUGCACCUUCCAAGAAAGGUAAAAUUAAGUGACUCUCCUAUAUUUCUAGAGGGUCCAAUUACUACUUAUGGAGGGGCUGCUAGUAUUGGUACUUCAUGGUACACUGCAGGCGCGUUACUAUUCCACCAUUUUAAUCUAAAGUAUACGACACCUAGGGAGCCACAAAAUUCUUUCCCAAUCUUGAUUUGGGGGGGGGGAACCACUGCUGUUGGUCAGGUAUUGAUUCAGUUAAUACAUGCAUUCAACGGCUAUAGCAAAAUUGUUGUUACUGUCUCAAAGAAAAAUGAGCCAUUGUUGAAAAAAUAUAGUGCAGAUGAUAUCUUUGACCAUCACGAUCCUGGUGUUCUUGCCAAGAUCAAAGCCAAGUACACUAAUUUCAAACAUCUGAUAGAUUGUGUCUCUAGUAAAGAGACUGUAAAUCAAGUUUACGAAUGCUCUUCAGACGACGAAAAAGCAACUCUUCUCAAUCUACUAAUGCUAUCUCAAGAUGAUAUCAGAUCUGGAAUCAGAAAAUCCAAUGUCACAGUGGACUACACUAUCCUUCACUCUGCAUUUGGUGUAGUUGUCGAAGUUAGUGACUUGAUAAUUCCAGCUGAUCAGAGUUAUAGAAAAUCACUCAUUGAAUUCGUUAAAGUUAGUAAUAGACUUUUUCUGGAUGGAACACUUCAUCAUAUACCAAUAAAGGUCUACAAGAACGGUCUAGAAGGCAUGAUUGAAAUCAUGGAUGACUUAAAAUAUGAAAGAAAUUCAGCCGAAAAGUUGGUCGCGGUAAUGCCUCAUUAG